CAGCUCGUCCGACUACUCAGUGUGUGCGCGAGAGUGCGGCGUAUCGCGCGUGUACUGCGCCCAUAUUUACCUCCUUUGUGACGUAGGAAAUGAGAGUUUGACAUCUUAGUUCACAGCUCCAUUGUGUAAAAUAUAAAAAUGAAAGUUGACAAAGAGGCGUGCCUCACACUUGAGGAAUCUAAACCGAUGAUAUCCGGCAGGAAGGACAGCCUGAAGGUGACCAUCACUCCAGCGCAGCCGAAGACCCUCACACAUCUACCAAAGAGACCGCCAGUCGAUUUGGCUUUCACAGACCUGACCUACAAGGUCCAAGAAGGCAGAAAAAGCAAUGUUAAGACAAUUCUUAAAUCGGUUUCGGGGAGGCUGCGCUCCGGCGAGCUGACGGCUAUAAUGGGCCCGUCAGGCGCCGGAAAGUCGACUCUUCUAAACAUACUCACCGGAUACAAGACAUCAGGGAUGGAAGGCAGUAUCACAGUGAAUGGCAUGGAACGCAACCUAUCAAGUUUUCGGAAGCUCUCGUGCUACAUCAUGCAAGACAACCAGCUGCACGGUAACCUGACAGUCGAAGAGGCUAUGGCGGUGGCUACGGCUUUGAAACUGCCCAGUGCCACCACAAGAGAGGAUAAAGAAGAAGUGAUUCAAGAGAUAUUGGAAACGCUCGGUUUAUCGGAACAUCACAAGACAAUGACAUCGAAUCUAUCAGGAGGCCAGAAGAAGCGACUCUCCAUCGCUCUGGAGUUGGUCAACAAUCCCCCAAUCAUGUUCUUCGACGAACCGACUUCUGGCCUCGAUAGUUCUUCCUGCUUCCAAUGUAUAUCCUUGCUGAAAACUCUUGCCAGAGGCGGAAGGACGAUCAUCUGCACCAUUCACCAGCCCUCCGCUAGAUUGUUUGAGAUGUUUGACCAUUUGUACACUUUAGCGGACGGGCAGUGCGUAUACCAAGGCAGUACAGGAAGGCUGGUGGAGUGGCUGGGCAGCCUGAGCCUGCAGUGCCCGUCCUACCACAACCCGGCGUCCUUCGUCAUCGAGGUGUCGUGCGGCGAGUACGGCGACCACACCGGCAAGCUCGUGCGCGCCAUCGACAACGGCAAGCACGACAUCCGAACGGGAUUGCCUCUUCCGAAAAUGGUGGAAUACAACAACAAGAAGGACAUGGAGAAUUCGCUGAAGAACGACUGGAACAAGAACGACGCGUCGCAAGUUCAGGACAAGAUGGACGUGAACGGAGCCAACGGAGCCAACGGAGCCAACGGAGCCAACGGAGCCAACGGAGCCAACGGGGCCAACGGGGCCAACGGGGCCAACGGGGCCAACCUGCACAACGGGCUCAUACAGUUCGCCGCCAACGAGAUAGCCAAGGGCAAAGGGGAGCCGCUGGUGGUGCAGCUGGACGCGGAGAAGGCCGACAACGCGGAGGUGGCGCUGCUGGGCUCGGCGUCCCCGCGCCGCUACGCCACGUCCGAGCUCACGCAGUUCUGGGUCGUGCUCAAGCGGACGCUGCUGUUCAGCCGCCGCGACUGGACGCUCAUGUACCUACGACUGUUCGCGCACAUCCUGGUGGGCUUCCUGAUCGGCGCGCUGUACUACGACAUCGGUGACGACGGCUCCAAGGUGCUCUCCAACCUCGGCUUCCUGUUCUUCAACAUGCUGUUCCUCAUGUACACCUCCAUGACCAUCACGAUCCUCAGCUUUCCACUCGAGAUGCCGGUGUUGAUAAAGGAGCAUUUCAAUCGCUGGUACUCGCUGCGCUCCUACUACCUCGCCAUCACCGUCUCCGACAUACCAUUCCAGGCGAUCUUCUGCAUCAUCUACGUGGUGAUAGUGUACCUGCUGACGUCCCAGCCGCUGGAGUGGUUCCGCUUCUCCAUGUUCCUGUCGUCGUGCCUGCUGAUCGCCUUCGUAGCGCAGAGCGUGGGGCUGGUGGUGGGCGCCGCCAUGAACGUGCAGAACGGCGUGUUCCUGGCGCCGGUGAUGUCGGUGCCGUUCCUGCUGUUCAGCGGGUUCUUCGUGUCGUUCGACGCCAUCCCGGUGUACCUGCGCUGGAUCACGUACGUGUCGUACAUCCGCUACGGGUUCGAGGGCACGGCGCUCGCCACGUACGCCUACAACCGCACCAAGCUGCAGUGCCACCAGGUGUACUGUCACUUCAAAAACCCCGAGACGACGUUGGAAGAAUUGGACAUGAUAAACGCGGACUUCACACUGGACAUAGCGGCUCUGUGCCUCAUAUUCCUCAUCCUGCGUAUAUCCGCCUUCCUGUUCCUGCGCUGGAAGCUAAGGUCCACGAGAUAGGUCUCUCGAGCCGCAGCUGUUCCGUUAGAGCUUAGUCGUAAACAAAAGUCCGAGGUGGAGGUUCCGUGUCGCGGGGACCGUCUGAGCGAGGAACCUGGCUCAUGUGAUAAUAGGUGGCUUUCGAAUAAGAUAAUACGUAUUUUGUUAUGAUAGUAAUAUUUAAAUAAAGCUUAAAUUGUACGUAAUUUUAAACGUUGGAACAUGACAAUUAUUUAUGACGCAAGCUGUGUACGAAGUGCCUUCGAUGUUGUAUUUGUAGGCAUUGUUACUCACUUGAUAGUGGCGUUAAAGUGAUUGAAUACCUAUCUGGCGCGAAAGAUUUGUCGAACGGUCGCUUUUGACGGUGAACGACGUCGUUUGCACGACACAGAUAAACAAGAACAAAAGACUUAAUUAAAUUUGAUAUUUUUGUUAAUUUUGCAAAGUAAAGAUAUUCUUCUUAACCAAAUUUUAUUGAGUAUCUAAUUUUAAUAAUUUAUAUUUUUUUAUGCAAUUUGGUCCGGGCUGGCCUGCUAUAUGUACAUUUAUAUUUUUUCAACGACGCCUCAAAAUAUAUUUUGGACUUCAACUGUAACGAACGAGUUUGACGAAAUGCCAAGAUACGGCGGACGGGCGAUCAGAAACAAAAGCGACACGACUGGGAUGUGUCAGUAUAAGAUAUAUUUGAAUAAAAUAUUAUAACGCUUGAUGAAAUUUUCGAUUAUUGCUCAUUUAGUAUCUUGCCUCUGCGAUGUGCCUUUUAAUUUUUGCCUAAAUCUGUGCAAAACGAUAGUCAAAUUGAACAUAAAUAAUAUACGAGAAACGUAAUUCACAAACCACGAUAUAAAAGUGAUAUUUUUUACUGGGAUAUAGUAUGUAUAAUUAUUGUAACGUUAAUUAGGUUUUUGUUUUGUAAAUAGAAAAUAAAUACAUAAUUUAAGGCUUUAUUCUAUUUUUCUUGGCUCAAAAAUACGAAUAAACAAUAUUCAAAAUAAAAACUAUAUAAAAAUAAUGAUAUUACUGGCGUGAAGCGUACUCUAUAUUGUUCUUUAAACCUUUGUGCUAAAGUUCAUUUUUGAAUACAACUCGAUUCUUUGACUACCGCGUUGCACGUGAUGUGUACGUAAAGACUUAACUAGGGAUCGGUUAUAAUGUAUUUGUAGUUAGUUAUAUUAUCGCAUAGAGAAAUUAUGGUCCAAUAAAUAUUACGGUUAGUUAAUGGUUUUAGAGUGUAUGAUGUUUCUAUAUUUUUUAUUAAAUGGUUUAAUAUAA